AUGGCUUUUCAAAUCCUCAAACGCAAUCUUUUCCCAGCAACAAAACCCAGGCCCCUCUCCGUCUCCCACUUCUCUUCCUCCCCACCGUCAGAUCAAACUCCAUCUCAGACCAACCCCCUAAUCUCAGACGUCGUCUCCAUCCUAACCAACCUCCGCUCCAAGACUCGCUGGAGCUACCUCCGCUCCCUCUACCCCAACGGCUUCGACUCAAAUGACUUUUCCCAGAUUGCCCUCCACAUAAAAAACAAUCCCCGUCUUGCCCUCCGCUUCUUCCUCUGGACCCAGCACAAGUCCCUCUGCAACCACAACCUCCAAUCCCACUCCACCAUCAUCCACAUCCUCGCUCGGGGCCGCCUGAGGUCCCAAGCUUACGACCUUAUUCGAACCGCCAUUCGGGUCUCUGAGUCUGAGAGUAUUGGUAGCCAUGAAUCUGAGCCUUUGAAAGUGUUUGAGAGUCUCGUGAAGACCUACAGGCAAUGUGAAUCGGCACCUUUUGUGUUUGAUUUGCUGAUCAAAGCUUGUUUGGAGUCAAAGAAAAUCGACCCCGCAAUCCAGAUAGUGAGAAUGUUGUUAUCUCGCCGGAUUAGCCCGGGAUUGAGCACCUGCAAUGCUUUGAUUCGGCUUCUUUCGCAGCGUCGAGGUGCGUAUGCUGGUUAUGAGAUUUAUAGGGAGAUAUUUGGAUUGGAUUGUGAAGUUUUAGAGCAUAAUGUGAAAAGGGUUGCUAGGAUUAGCCCCAAUGUGGAAACUUUCAAUGCAUUGAUGUUGGGUUUUUAUCAGGAUGGUCUGGUGGAGAAGCUGAAGGAGAUUUGGGACCAAAUGGCGGAUUUGAAUUGCUGUCCUAAUGGUUAUAGUUAUAGUAUUUUGAUGGCAGCUUAUUGUGAGCAAGAGAAAAUGAAUGAAGCAGAGAAGGUGUGGGAAGAAAUGAGAGCUAAGGGCCUGGAACCUGAUGUUGUUGCUUACAACACUAUGAUUGGUGGGUUUUGCAGAGUUGGAGAGAUUGAAAUGGCUGAAGAGUUUUCCAAAGAAAUGGGGUUGAGUGGAAUAGAGAGUACCGAUGCCACUUAUGAGCAUCUUAUUACUGGGUACUGUGAAAUGGGAAACCUUGAUGCAGCAAUGCUCUUGUAUAAGGAUAUGCUUAGGAAAGAUUUUAGGCCUGAGGGUUCAACAAUGGAUUCGUUGAUUCGAGGGCUGUGCGAUGAAAGUCAGGUUUUAGAAGCUUUUGAGGUUAUGAGAGGUGCAGUGAUACAUUUUGGUUUUUGUCCAACAGAGAAGAGUUAUGAGUUUCUGAUAAGAGGGUUGUGUGAGGAGGAGAAGUUGGAAGAAGCACUUAAGCUUCAGGCUGAGAUGGUGGGAAAAGGGUUUAAACCCAAUUCUGAGAUCUAUAGUGCAUUUAUCAGUGGCUAUAUGAAACAAGGAAACAAGGAAGUAGCAGAAAGGUUGAGCAAUGAAAUGUUGGAUACUCGGAAUGGGAAUUAGGUUAUUUUUGUUUGUCAAAUGAAUGAGCCCCACUCUGGAAAUUAGAAGACUUGCCAUUGUCCCUUCUGAUAUCUGAGUUGCUGCACCUUUUAACAGCGUGGUUCAGAACUUCAUUGAAACUUGAAGUUUGUUCUUUUGAACUUGGGCAGACGACCUGAAAGUGGCAUCUUAGAUUUAUGUUUCAUAUGUAGUUAAGUAAGGUGGUUUGUCCAAUGUCCAAGUGCAAGCAAACCACUUUUUAUACAGGCACAGUUCAAAACAUAUAGAAAGUACACUGCCGAAGUUGUACCCAGAAAGAUGGAUGUGGAGUGAGACAAACAAGGGGAGGUUUGCAGUGAAUCUGUUUUCGGACGAUGGACCAACAGCAGAAGAUUUCAAUGAAGGACAAGAUAUUGCCGAGAGGCAAUGAAUAUCGCCUUGAAGGGUUUCCACAGAUUCUCUCCCUUCAAGAGCACGGGUCGCAACUUUAUGCCAUGAGUGGGAGGCACCUUGCCUCUUGUCAAGAAUGGCCACAUUUAUUCCAAAAAGAUGUGCUCUCUCAGAUGUCUUGUAGUUUGCUAGAAUGAUAAUGGGAAGUAUUGACGGUGAAACCAAGAUCCUAAUGAAUCCCCCAAACGAUCUUAUAAGAGAAAGAGUUGCUAAAGUUAUAUCUAGUCGAGCAAGAUCCUAAGGAUUGCCAUAGAUACAGCAGUGUAGCUGUAGAACUCAAAACCCAAAGACAUGAAGAGAAGAUCCCAAGACAUGAACUCAACACCCAAAGACAUGAAGGAUUGCCAUAGAUACAGCAAAACUUAAAGUUAGUGGAAAAGCAAAGGCAGGUCAGUUGGAUUGGAUCCCUAUGGCGCUACCUCUGUUUCUCAUACGCAGAUGCAGAUGGGUUCAAUUGUGGGUGUGUGGAGUUUGGUUCAGUUAACAAUAUCAACUACACUUGAGCUCCUUUGUAUACUUGUAAUCUAUGAUUUGAAGCAAUAUAAACCUUUUUUCGUGCCAGAACAGAAGCAUACAACAUGUACUGGGCACACGCGAUGAAGUAAAGCACUAUUGACUUGUAAACUAUCAAUCUGUAUGGCAUGUAUUCAGCUUUUAACAAGCUUUAUACAAUGACCACCUCUCAUUAUCAGGGUGUAUGUUGAUCUUAACACUUGUCAGGUUGGAAAUAUCAUAAAUCCAUUAGUUAAUUUAUGUU